AUGGCAAAUGAAUCUCUUGAAAAUGAUGGAGGGACCGGUUCGAGAAAUUCAAGAAAUAUAAAUUUCACAUCAUCUGUGGAUCUCAGCAUGUCAUUGGAAUCGAGUGUUCAGACUCGAAUAUUUAAAAUAAUUGUAAUCGGGGAUUCAAAUGUAGGGAAGACCUGCUUAACCUUCCGCUUCACCGGUGGGAGCUUUCCAGAGAAGACCGAGGCGACAAUCGGUGUGGAUUUCAGGGAGAAAGCAGUGGAAAUAGAGGGCGAAAAAAUAAAGGUGCAGGUGUGGGACACUGCAGGACAGGAACGCUUCAGGAAGAGCAUGGUAGAACACUACUACCACAAUGUGCACGCUGUCGUUUUUGUUUACGAUGUCACUAAGAUGAACUCAUUCCAGAACCUGAAGAUGUGGAUCCAGGAGGGCAACGGGCACCGUGUCUCACCCACUGUGCCUCGGGUACUGGUGGGCAACAAGUGUGACCUGGUUAGUCAGAUACAAGUGCCCUCCAACACUGCCCUCAAGUUUGCAGACGCCCACAACAUGCUGCUGUUUGAGACCUCGGCCAAGGACCCAAAGGAGAGCCAAAACGUGGACUCCAUUUUCAUGUGCCUUGCAUGUCGGCUGAAGGCCCAGAAGUCCCUGCUGUACAGGGAUGUGGAGAGGGAGGACGGAAGGGUUAGGCUUUCACAAGAGACAAAUAUUAAUAAGAGCAUCUGCCCUUGCUGAGGGAAAUACUGUGACUCUCCUCCACUCUGCAAUGAUUCCUCCUCUCCUUUUAAUACUGCUGUGGCUUGAAUGGAAGAAUUGAACAUAAACAACAUAAGAAGAAGAUAGUGUUCUAAUGUUAACAUUUCUUGGAGGAAUGUGCGUGCAGUUAUUUCCAUGUUUUUAUUGAACGGUCUAAUACGGUAUUGUUGUCUAUCUGUAUACACCUCUUUUUGACCCUCUUUUGCUUUACUCUCUUUCUUUGAUAUAUUAUCAUUAUCACAUUCUGUCUUU